AUGCCGAUAUGCAUUACAUGCAGCACUCCGGUCAGGAACUUAUACACCGUUUACAGCAAGGCAGAUGAUCGGACCUUAGGCAAAGGGGUCCGAUUAACGCAAUGUCCCAAUUGUAAACGAUUCGCCGACAAAUAUGUCGAGCAUGACUUUGUCGUUCUCUUCAUUGAUCUUGUGUUGAUCAAACCACAAGUCUACCGUCAUCUUCUGUUCAACAGACUGGGGCGCUCCGAUGACAAGUUCGAUCCCAGCAUCUUGCGGCUGGGAACCCUACUGAUUCUAUUCGAUGUCUACAUUACUUGGGCUAGAAUAGAGAAGACGCAUGCCCUUAACGGAGGCACUAGUGUCGGGUCUCGCCUUAGUGAAAUGCCCAUUCUGACGCAAUAUCUCUUCUUUCUCACAAUGAAUGUCCUAGCCACUGUUGCCCAACAUGGAAUCAUUCGGGUAUUGACAAGACUACUUCUCGCUCGGCCCAUGACUCAGGAAGAGACUGGCAAUGGUAACAAGUCACCACAUGCCACGCCAGAAAAUGGAUCGAGACAGCCAUUAAUUCCAGCUGGGCGCGCAAGCCCAAGUGCAAUCAGCACGGCAUUGUUCGUUUCAAGUUGCACCAAACUUUUUCCUAUCCUGCUGGUGAUAUGGCCGACGGAAGCAAAAGAAGCGGAUUCUUUUGGCUUUGCGUUCCACGCCACCAACUACGUGGGUUGGGCUGUCCUUCUCAACAAUGUCGAGGCUUUGUUGAUCCUCCUUAAUUGUGGAUAUGUCAUUGCGACCACUCUUGCUGUCUCUGGGGUUCUUGCACGAUGGGCAGUGGAAGGCUGGAUACUAGGUUUGGUGGGAUUAGGAACCGAUACAGGCCCCGUAGGAGAUCUCUGGGCUGCAAUCGCCUUUUCCAGGGCCCUGUUCAAAGGGAGAUAA